UCGUCAUCGACACAUCCUAUCUCAUCGAAUAUACCACCUCCUUUGCCGUGCGCUCCAAAGCCGAUUCGCUCUACGCCAACGCCAUCUGCUCCUCCAUUGAUAUUAAUAGCUGAAGAAUGGAAUCAGUUUGGAUGUAGUGGUUUCUUCAUGUAUGUUAGGAGUGAACCGAAUUCGACGUGCAAUACGAUGUUGACGUCGUUACCGGAUUCGAAUGCGACCACAAAUGAUUCGUUGCUAAAUGAAGAGCAACUUCUUCUGUCGUUGGCGAGAACACAUCACGCUCGGCCUGCGGUUGGUCAGGUCAAGUAUAGUGCGAUCGAGAAGGGUGCGUGCAAUGAAGGGAUUUCAUGGAAUGCUGAAAACAGUGAUGGAUUGAUCGAAGAGAUUCUGAAUGAGAUGAACACAAACAUAACGAAUUUUUCAAUCUCUUCAACCACAUCGACAUCGUUGGAUGAUUACUGCGAUGAGAAGCGACCGUUAUUGGGUAGUGUGAAUAUGAAGGUCAAUCAACAACAGCCGAACAAAUCGUCGACAACUAAUGGUGGUGGUGGCGGUGUUGCAUCAGUUUGCAGAUUAAUGUCAGAGGCAGAGUUGGAAAAAUGGGAAGAGAAAGUAGAUCGGGAGCAUCGCAAAGCGGAUAAGAGACUAGAGGAUGAACGAAGGAAAGAGAUCACCUCGUGGCAUCAGGCCACCCGUAAAGAGNCGUAA